AUGAGGAUGUCCACACUGCCAGGUGCCAACGUAAGCUUCUCUACCUUUCUGCUGACAGGAUUUCCCGGCCUGGAGUGGGCUCAUCAUUGGAUAUCGCUGCCCAUUUUUGCGGGGUACCUUGUGGCUCUACUGGGCAAUGUUACCAUCUUGCAUCUGAUACGCACUGACGCUUCUCUGCAUCAGCCCAUGUACUAUUUCCUAGCCAUUCUGGCUGUGACAGACUUGGGCUUGUGCAUGUCCACACUCCCUUCCGUGUUGGGCGUGUUGUGGUUUGAUGCCCGCCGGGUCAAGCUAGGGUCCUGUGUUCUGCAGCAGCAUUUCCUACACUCCUUCUCCUUCAUGGAGUCAGCUGUGCUUUUUGCCAUGGCUCUGGACCGUCUGGUGGCCAUCCGAUUCCCACUGCGCUAUGCAUCCGUGCUCACAGGUUCCCGGGAAGCAGUGAUUGGGGCUGUGUUGGGUGCAAGGAGUCACAUCCUCACUACUGUACCUUCUCUGAAACUAAUGAAAUUUGACUAUUGUCGCUCUAAGGUACUGUCUCAUGCUUACUGCAUUCACCAGGACAUGAUUCGCCUGGCCUGCUCUGACACCCGUUUCAACAGUCUCUACGGGCUGUGCGUUAUCAUGCUGACCAUGGGCUCUGAUAUUCUUUUCAUCCUGAUUUCCUAUACAAUCAUCCUCUGCACAGUGCUGGCCAUCGCCUCUGCAGCAGAGCGACUCAAAGCCCUCAACACCUGUGUCUCUCACAUCCUGGCGAUGCUCUGUUUCUAUGUGCCCGUGCUGGGCCUGUCCAUCGUGCACAGAUUUGGGCACCACCUCUCACCCCUGGUGCACAUCCUAAUGGGCACCAUCUCUGUCAUCUUUCCACCCCUGAUGAACCCCAUUAUUUACAGCAUCAAGACCCAGCAGAUCCGCAGGGCUAUUCUCAAAAUGGUUUCUCUGGGAAAGAUACAAUGA